AUGUCCCUGAUUGCAGUGGUGUUUCUCUUUUUUGCGCAUGUGUCGGCGGAACCUAUGCGAUUUGAUGGACACAAGGUUUUGCAAAUCCUCCCUCAUUCUGUAGAAGAAUUGGAACACGUUCUUCAACUACAUGAUGUUUUGGAUUUGGAUAUGUGGAGAUACCCAAGUAAAAACAAUUUCUCGAUGGAAAUGUAUGUCGAGCCCGAGAAAAUUGAUCAUGUGUUGACUGCUAUUAAAGCCAUAGGGGCAGACGUCAGAAUCUGGAUUGACGAUCUACAAAAGUUAAUAGAUGAAGAAAAACAACCAGCUAAAAGAAGUUUCCAUCUUCCAUUCGCCUCGCAAGGGAAGAAUGCGGGGUUUGAUCAUUUAGCCUAUCACCGAUUUUCUACGAUCAAACAGUAUCUGGCGGACGUUGUGACAGCCACCCAGGCUAUGAGCACGGUGACUUCUUCACUGAGCACAAUAGGAUAUAGCUCUGAAUCAAACGAAAUUCAAGUUUUAAAGGUUUCCCGAAGUGAUGGACAGUCCCGCCCGUCAAUUUUCAUUGAUGGAGGAAUCCAUGCCCGCGAAUGGAUAUCACCUGCGACAGUUUUGUAUUUCAUUAAUCAGUUGGUGUAUGGGGACGAGUUUGACUAUGCUCCACAGUUACUGGACAAAUUUGACUGGUACUUCGCGCCUGUUCUAAAUCCCGAUGGUUAUGAAUACUCACAUACCACUUACAGGCUUUGGAGGAAAAAUAGAGUCCCCAAUGGAAGGAAUUGCUUUGGAACAGAUCUUAACCGAAAUUUUGGAUACCAGUGGAAUCCCAGUGUUGGCGGGAGUACGAAUGUGUGUUCUGAUGUCUACUCCGGGGCCACCGCCUUCUCUGAGAAAGAGAGCACAGCUUUGGAGACGUUUUUGUUAAACAACAAUCAGAACAUGGUGGCUUACCUGACCUACCACUCCUACGGACAGAUGUGGCUGUACCCCUGGGGAUACACGAGUGCUCUCCCCUCCGACUGGCAAGACUUAGACGCAGCUGCUAAGAUAGGAACUUCCGCUCUGUCCGAACUUUACGGUACGCAAUAUACGGUGGGCUCUUCAACAAAUGUCUUAUACUCUGCUGCCGGAGGGUCAGAUGAUUGGGCUAAAGGUGGCGCUGGCGUCAAGUAUUCCUACACCAUUGAACUCAGAGAUACCGGUGCACAUGGUUUUGUGCUUCCACAAAAUCAAAUAGAACCAAAUUGUAGAGAAUCUUGGAGAGGCUUGGCGGCAUUUGCUCUGUCAUUGAAUACUCGAAAAGGAUGA